GGGUUGGAUGUGAAUACUCUUAUACACAAUACGAAGACACCCACCGUACACUGUUACGAAUCUUUUGAAGGCUGCAAAAUACGAAGGAGGAGAAGGUUGUUGAUUCGAGUUCUAGGUCGAGGAUAGAAGAAAUCGGGUCGGGUUCGCAACUUGCUCUAUAUAGAGGUGCACAAAACUGGUUGUUUCAAGAAUUGGGAAGGAAUUAGUUCCGGGUUUGUCAACAAAGUGAAAACUGGUUGUUUCAAGAACAGUAUGUAGGUUUAGGGGCAGAACAAGAGGCGUCAUAAGGGUCCGCUGACCCCUAAGUCACUAAAAUUUGUUGGAUUUUUUGUGCACAAUUAACAGAGACAUAAGCUCCCUCAUAUUCAGAAUACAUCAAUAGUGGCGGCCCACUGAGGGUGUUUGGAAAAGUAUUCAAAGAGCAAGAGUGUGGGGCAAAAUCGGACACUUCAUAGUUUUCAUAUAAUCAAGCAUGUCCAGUGAGAGGAAAGGGUCUAUUCUCCAAUUCGCAACCUUUCAGAGUUCCGUGGAUGAAGGUUUUUGGCAUGGACUAUGUUCUUUAAAACUCAACAAGCUAAAAACCGACGAGUCACCCAUUUCAAUAACAGGAUUCUACACACCUUGCUCUAAUCCCCAUGUAUCAAACCAUCUGAAUUUGCUUGCUGAAUCCUUGCCAACCGAACCAAGUGACGAAUUACAAACCGCCGCAACCUGUGGGAACAGAAAUAAAUGUUCGGUGCCUGGAACGCUUUACAACACAAACACAUAUGAAGGAUAUCAGUCCCUUGAUAAAAAAAGUCUGUUAAAGGCUGAAGGAAAGAAGAUUUGGGACGAUAUUAGAUCAGGAAAAGUAGAGGAGGACAGUUCUGUGCUUUUAAGGUUUCUUAUUAUAUCAUUUGCGGACCUCAAGAGGUUUCAUUUCAAUUACUCGGUUGCUUUCCCUGCGUUGGCUCUUGAUCCUCCAGCAACAUUGGUUGAUUUAAAGCCAGCAUCAGAAUGGUUCACUGCUGAAGAGGUUGAAUCUGUUUCGGCAUGCUGUAACGAGUGGCGUAUGUCAUGUUUAACCGCAGAUGUGCCGUUCUUUCUGAUUUGUAUAUCUUCAAAUUCACAUGCUACUAUUAGACCCCUGAAGGACUUUAAAGCUUGUCAACACGAAGAUCAUAAGAUUUUAUUUGCUUUUUAUGACCCGUAUCAUGGUCCAAGUAAUCCCGGCUGGCCGCUUCGCAACUAUUUGGUAUUUAUUUACGUCAGAUGGAAUAUCACCAAGGUUCCGUUUUUAUGCUAUCGUGAGAACCGCGGCUUUGCUGAUAUGGGUUCGUCUCUUGUUGGUGAAGCGAUUAUAGAACCUUCACAAGUAGGGCAAGAUGAAAUGCACGUGCCUCAAGUUAUUGGAUGGGAAGUCAAUGGUAAGAAGAAAGUAUCGAGACACAUUGACCUAUCUACUUCCAUGGAUCCAACUAGGAUGGUUAUAUCAGCUGCAGAUUUGAAUCUGAAGCUAAUGAGAUGGCGUCAGUUACCAUCGUUAAACUUGAGCAUGUUGUCUAGUACAAAGUGUCUUUUGUUAGGAGCCGGGACUCUCGGAUGCCAGGUGGCACGCAUGCUUAUGGCUUGGGGUGUACGGAAAAUAACAUUGGUGGAUAAUGGUAAAGUGGCCAUGUCAAAUCCAUUACGACAAUCGUUAUACACAUUCGAUGAUAGUGUCAAAGGUGAUAAAAAAGCCGUUGCAGCAGCUGAAAGUCUUCGUAAAAUCUUUCCAGCAGUGGAAGCAGAAGGUAUAGUAAUGGCUAUACCUAUGCCUGGGCAUCCGGUACCGAGCAAAGACGAGCGAGGCGUGCUUGAUGACUGCACGCGUCUUCGUGAAUUGAUCGAGUCUCACGAUGCGGUUUUUUUGCUUACUGAUACGAGAGAAAGUCGUUGGCUUCCAACUCUUUUAUGUGCCAAUGCUAAUAAGCUUACAGUUACUGCAGCAUUGGGGUUUGACAGUUUCAUGGUAAUGCGUCACGGUGCUGGUCCUCUUAGUGCGGCUGAUGAAUCAAAAACCGAACCCGUUAGCUCUUUAUCAGCGGAUGUUGAAAAAAUGUCACUGUCACAUAGUGACAGCAAGCCGAGGCUGGGUUGUUACUUUUGCAACGACGUUGUUGCCCCUGUUGAUUCAACAACUAACCGCACUUUGGACCAGCAAUGCACGGUGACACGUCCCGGACUUGCUCCUAUUGCAUCAGCCCUUGCAGUCGAAUUGUUUGUCGGGAUUUUGCAUCAUCCACUCGGGAUAUCAGCAGAAGCCGGAUUUGGCAACUCUUUGGAUAGUGGAAGCAGUGAGCAACCUCUUGGUAUAUUACCCCAUCAAAUCCGAGGCGCACUUUCACAGUUUUCUCAGAUGAUACUUGUGGGACAUUCCUCAAAUAGCUGCACGGCUUGUUGCCCAACCGUGGUUGCGGAGUAUCGAAAAAGGGGUCUGGAUUUUGUCCUGCAAGCCAUCAAUCAUCCAACUUACUUGGAGGAUCUCACCGGAUUGACGGAAUUGAUGAAAUCAGCAAACACUUUUGAACUUGACUGGGACGAUGCGACUGAUAAUGAUGAUGAUGACUUUGUUGAAAUCUGAAUCUCUUUGUGUUUUUAGUAUAAUUAAUGCAUGAAGAACGCGUUGUUUCAGGGGUAAGCUCUUGUGCCAUCUUAUGGCAGUUGAUAUUGUUAACUUUUACUUUGACAACCAUACAAAAACAGGAUUCAUGAUCAUGUUCUUAGUGAGCUAACACUUGGUCUAGCAUGUACAAAAAUGGUCCUUGGACAAUGUUUCAGAUUUUUAGUUAUGGUACCAGUUAACACUA